AUGGCGGGACCUAAGCCAGGCCAAAAGACGGUGCUAGUAACUGGCUGUACGCCGGGCGGCAUUGGACAUGGAAUAUGUGUAGAAUAUCAUCGUCAAGGUCUUCAUGUCAUCGCCACGGCACGCAGACCCGAGGUGUUGACUGAUCUCGCGGAAAUGGGCAUGAGCGCUGUCGCGCUAGACGUCACUGACCCCGAAAGCAUCAAGCAAUGCCACGAAGAGGUUGCGAAACUCACAGGCGGCAAGUUGGACAUUCUCGUCAAUAACGCCGGCCGAACCCACACUCAUCCAGCAACAGACAUCUCACUCCCAGACGUUCGCCAAACAUUCGAGACAAACGUUUUCUCGAUCAUGGCCAUGGUGCAAGCCUUCAUUGACCAGCUCAUCGCCGCCAAAGGGUUAAUCAUCAACAUCUCGUCUCUUUCAUCGCUAACCCCUUACGUCUUCGGCUCCGUGUACUGCGCCAGCAAGGCCGCAGUGGCGGGGUACUCGCGCACGCUGCGCAUGGAGCUCGCGCCCUUCGGCGUGCGCGUCAUGUGCUCACUGACCGGCACUGUGAAGAGCAAUACCGCCAGCCAGGGCCACCGCGAGCUGCCCGAGAACAGCUUGUACCAGGCUGUCAAGGACAUCUUUGAGUGGCGGCUCGUGUUCAGCCAGAACAACUCCACAAUCCCGACGGAGCAGUUUGCUCGUAGAUUGGUCGCGGACUCGCUGCGCCCCGAAAGGCCCGCGUUCUUGAGACGCUGGUUUGGUCGCCCGGAUUGGUUCUGGUACGGAGGCUUGGCGGAUCUGGUCUGGCUGGGUACAUGUCUGGGUGAAUGGGUGAUUGAUGCGGUUUGCUGGCGGACGUUCCGGAUGCCGGAGAUUGUGAAGUUGCUAGAUCAACAGCAACAGCAGAAGAAAUUGCAAUAA